GGUGACCUGAAACCCUGGCGAGCAUUUUAUGUCCUGUACUUCAAGAGGUCAGAUAAGAAGCUGGUAUUUGAACAUCGUUUUGGUAAGUUGACAGAAGCAGGUUAUACAAUCAAAGUUCACGUUCCAGAGGUAAAACGCAUCGUAUUCGGGACAACUGGGAAUUAUCAACUUCUUUUGGAUCUUAAGCCUGAUGAUAGGCCAGCAGUAAAUUUAGGCCGCGAACAUUUACGCUUAGCUUCCAGGCCAGCUGAUGAUUACAAGUUUACGGACAAUCACAUUGAUGGCAGCUCGAAACCUCGCAACCUGUCCUAG